AUGGGAGACAGUGGACCAGAGAAUUCGUUAGUCUCCAUAGACACAUCUUCUGGGGAAAAUGAUCCAUGGAAAGAAACACCAGAGAGCAACCUUUGCCUGGCAAAGAAGGCUUCCCAGAACAGCAGCCUGGCCUCCACUUCUGCUUCUUUAGCAGCUAUCCCUGAGCAGAGAACCAUGAGGAAGAGGGCCCAAAAGAAAGGGAAGCAGACGAAAUUGGGAGACAAGGCAACAGCUAACCAGGAGAGUUGCCUAGUGGCCUCCAAAGCUGCCUUUUCAGAAGCUGUCUCAGAGCUUCAGUUCUGGAGGAGAAGAGGACAGAAGAAAAUAUGGACUGUGGAUCACAUGGAGGGAAUCAAACUCAGGAUAAAUAAGAAGAGAAGACCCAGUUACCGCCUGGAGGACCAAGAAGCAUUCUACCGACUUCUCGAGGACCCUGUUAUUCAGAGCUUCUUGGAAGCGGACAUUUUCCUCAAAGUGUCUGACAAGUACUUGUUGUCAAUGGUGGUGGAGUACUUUGGCCGUGUCGGGUUGCCUGGACAUCUCUACAACAGGAUUCAUUUCUUUCUGGCCCUCUACAUUGCCUCUGACAUGGAGGAAGACAACCCUACAUCCAAGCGGAGCAUCUUCCAAUUCCUGCUGGGCAAAGAGCACUGGCCAGACCUCUACAAGGAGUUCCUAAAACUGAAGGUGGAGUUCUUUCAUGCCAUGGAUCACCGAGCCUGGGUCAAUGCAGAACUGUGUGAGGAGAUCCAGGCCCAGAAUCCAAAUCACUGGGUCUGGAGCCGGGUGCGCCAGUGCACCCCUUAA